UCAAAUGGCAACCCCAACCCGCCGAGGUGCCAAAACCCAACCCAGCCGAGUUCUCACUCGAGAGUCCUCACCGCUCCCUCACUCGGCCAUCCCUCAUCCCUUCCCCAACGCCUCCAGCCGCUUCCCGUAGAGAUCCAGGGCGGGCACACAUCCUUCCGCCGCAAUGGCGCCUCCCCUCCGUCUCCCCUAGGCGGUCGCCGCCGUCCCCCCCCGCCCUCCGCCGCCUCUCGGAUUAAUCCCUCCUUUCGUUUCGCUGUGCGUCUGGCUCGGCGCGGAUUUGGUGGCUGCGUGGUGGAAUACUAGUACCAGAUCGUUUUCCAAAUUAUUUUGGGGGUUCAAUCGUUAGGCUUACAUGGCCGCAAGAAAGGAAAAAUCUGCGCUUAUUGCUUCGCUACCACCCAGUGGUCGAAUCACAAGAUCUCAAGCUGUUGCAAAUCGCACAAGGUCUGGGGUGGCUCCUUCUGUACUAGUACCAUUACCUGUGAAAGCUGGCCUGAAACAGACAGUGAAAGGAAAGACAAAAAGAGGCGCUUUGGAUGAGAAUGCCAGGGCAAAUGCUGUAACUUUAGCCCCUCAGCCUAAAAGGCGCACAGUUCUCAAGGAUGUAACCAACUUAAGCUGCGUUAACUCAUCCAAAAAUUGCACUGCACUUACUAAGUUGCAGUCGAGGCCCUCCCAAAGGGUUGGACGAGCUCCAAGCAGAAACAAGCAGUGUGCAAAGAGGGUCCCUAAGCCACUCCAUCUGGCUGCUGGUGGAAAUUCAUUUGUGAAUGAUUCUAACAGUGCCGAAGAAACGCAAAAGGCAGACCUUUUGGCACAGAAAAAGAACUCCACUGUUUUGCUUGAAAACAAGGGGGCACUGUCGUUACAGAAUAUUGAACGGAACAGGGACAGUGCUUGUCAUGAGGUCUUCUUUAAGGAAAGAAAUGUCAGGGGUAAAUCUGAAUCUGCUGAUUCAAAGGCUGGUGACUCUGCUGGUUUGGACAUUGUAGAUAUUGACAAAGAUAAUGGCAAUCCCCAAAUGUGUGUUUCCUAUGUUGCAGAGAUAUACACAAAUCUAAUGGCUUCAGAGCUUAUAAGAAGACCUAGAUCAAAUUACAUGGAGGCUUUGCAACGGGACAUCACAAAGAGCAUGCGAGGCGUUCUAAUUGAUUGGCUUGUUGAGGUUUCUGAAGAAUAUAAGCUUGUGCCAGAUACACUCUACCUCACUGUAAAUCUUAUUGAUCGAUUUCUUUCUCAGACUUGUAUUGAAAGACAGAAACUACAACUUCUUGGAAUAACCAGCAUGCUGAUUGCCUCGAAAUAUGAAGAGAUCUGUGCUCCUAGUGUUGAAGAAUUUUGUAACAUAACUGACAAAACAUAUGCAAAGGCUGAGGUGAUAAAAAUGGAGUGCCGAGUGCUUAAUGAUCUGGGAUUUCAUUUAUCUGUUCCAACACCAAAAACAUUUCUCAGGAGAUUCCUUAGAGCGGCACAGGCUUCUUGUAAAGCUCCUCUGACAACUUUGGUUCAUCUGGCCAAUUAUCUUGUGGAAUUGACUUUGAUUGACUACACUUUCCUGAAAUUUCUCCCUUCAGUGGUGGCAGCAUCUGCAGUCUUUCUUGCAACAUGGACACUGAAUCAAUCUGAAGGCCCAUGGAACCGUACUCUUGAGCACUACACCUCUUACAAAAGCUCUGAUAUUCAGAUAUGCGUGUGCGCCCUGUGGGAACUUCAGCACAACACCAGUAAUUGCCCCCUCAAUGCUAUACAUAAAAAGUACAGGCAACAAAAGUUCGAGUGUGUAGCCAACCUGACCUCACUGGAGCUACCACAGUCACUCUUCAUUUGACAGGCCGUUGACAUCAACACCCCAUUGAUCAACAACCGUUAGAAGCAAUCACUUGAUACUAUGUCAACGUAUGGUACUUCCCUCCUUAUCUGACUUUGUUGUGUUGACCUGAUGCGUUAUAGUUCCCUGCCCUAUUUUCGAGUCAUGCAGUAGAAGAGAUGGCUCCCAAUUGGAGUCUUUUGACUGACAGCGUUUGUUCGCAUGUAAAUCCACCACUGUGUGAAGGCUGCAGCCUUGAAUCUUACUAUUGUAAGAUCCUGUCGACCUAUCCUGUAAGAUCCUGUCGAUCUAUCCUGUAUAGCGGAAAAAGUGAUGAUCUCCCACUCCAAUGAUUUCCACCUGAUGAUUUGCCACCUUGACCCACAUGUCACUGACCAGGUGGUCCGACCAUUGCAACUUGGUGUGGGGAAAAGUUGAAAAGAAUGAAUUGAAUACUGGGACUGUUCUUUUCUUAAAAGGAAAUGGUGAAAAUGGAUGUGGUAAUACCAGGCUUACAUGUCUCCUAAAAAUGAAAGUGUCAUAUUGGACAUCAACAUGGAAGGCGCCUUUGACCAUUGAAUUUUGUUGGAAUACAUUUAUAAACUU